AUGACAACCGAAGCCUCCCGUACCCCAAUAGCGCUAAAUCAUGAUAAACAACCCAGAGUAGUUCAAAAUGAUGGGCCUGAUAGUCAGGCGAGAUAA